AUGGCUUGUAACUCUGCGACAAUGGCCUGGAGAGCCAGCGUUCGGGCUCGUGCCCUUCCUAGCUGCCGUUUGACUCAACGACCGUCGACAUUGCUCCGGACCCAGCGCUACCCCGGUGCUUCGCGUUAUGCUUCGGACUCGGCUGCACCUGCACCCGCCGAGGCAGCCAAGGAGACAGUGAAGGAUGCUACAAAGGAGACCGCCAAGGAGAUCCCCCGCAAAGCGGGCCGUGGCUCUAAGAAAGCCUUGUACAGUGCCUCAUUGGCCUUGACUCUGCUAGUGGGCUACAUCUAUGGAACCGACACCAGAGCCAGUAUCCACAGAUACGGCAUUGUGCCCUUGAUCCGCCUUCUGUGGCCCGACGCGGAGGAUGCGCACCACAUCGGCGUGGAUAACCUGAAGAUGCUCUACCAGUAUGGUCUUCACCCGCGCGAGCGAGGCGAGCCUGAUCGUGACGGUGCCCUGGCAACGGAGCCAACCACUGACGAGAUCCGACAGGUCUUUGGAUACACCCUCUCCAACCCCAUCGGUAUCUCCGCCGGUCUGGACAAGCACGCCGACAUCCCCGAUGCACUGUUCGACCUCGGCCCCGCCAUCGUGGAGGUAGGCGGCACCACGCCUCUGCCACAGGAAGGCAACCCGAAGCCACGAGUCUUCCGACUGCCCUCUCAACACGCCAUGAUCAACCGCUACGGUCUCAACUCCAAGGGCGCCGACCACAUGGCCAAGGUGCUGAAGCAGCGCGUAGCUGACUUCGCCUACGCCGCCGGAUUCGGCGUGCACGAGGAAUCCGAGCAGCGCGUCUUGGACGGCGAAGCCAAUGUCCCGCCCGGAAGUCUGGUCCCGGGCAAGCUUCUCGCCGUGCAAGUUGCCAAGAACAAGCUCACACCCGACGGAGACAUCGAAGCCAUCAAGCGCGACUACGUCUACUGCGUUGACCGAGUAGCGCGGUACGCCGAUAUCCUCGUCGUGAACCCGCCGCUCUCCCUCACAGCAAUCCUGACGGCGGUCGUCGCCUCGGCCAAGAACGUCGAGCGCAAGACCAAGCCCUACGUCAUGGUCAAGGUAAGCCCGGAUGAGGACUCCAACGAGCAGAUCUCCGGCAUCUGCGAGGCUGUCUGGAACUCCGGCGUCGACGGCGUCAUCGUCGGCAACACUACCAACCGUCGACCCGACCCCGUGCCUAAGGGCUUUAAGACCCUGAAAGAAACCGGCGGUUACUCCGGCCCCCAGCUGUUCGACCGCUCCGUUGCGCUCGUCGCCCGUUACCGCGCCCUGCUUGACCAGGGACCCCCUUCUGCGGCCGACUCGGAUAAGUCUGUCGAGAAGGUGUCUGAGCUUCCGCGUAAGGUUAUCUUCGCUUCUGGCGGCAUCACUACCGGUAAGGAGGCGCGUGAGGCUCUCAAGGCCGGUGCUUCGGUUGCUAUGAUGUAUACUGGUGUUGUCUACGGUGGUGUCGGCACUGUCACGCGUGUCAAGCAGGAGCUGCGCGAGGAGCUGCAGAAGAAAUAA